AUGAUUUGGUCUGCGCUCCUUUCGCUGAUCGCGUUCGUCGAUGCAGCACCACAAGUCACUCCGGUAAAAGGUCCUGGAAGCAAUAGCUUGGUUCGAUUUGGAUGCUCGCAGGUUGUUAUUGAACGGCUUGAUCCUCUCGUCAAUCCAGGUGUCAACCCAUCUCCACAUGUUCACCAGAUCGUCGGAGGCAACGCCUUCAACGCCUCGAUCCCAUCCGCCGACGUCUCCGAACUCGCCACCUGCACGACCUGCAGCUUCAGCGAGGACUUCUCGAACUACUGGACCGCGAACCUGUUCUUCAAGGCCAAGAACGGCACUUACAGACGCGUGCCCCAGAUCCCCAACAGGUUCCUCGAUGGCUCCCGGGGCGGCGUGACGGUGUAUUACCUUUCGCCUGGCAAAAGCGGCGUCACUGCCUUUAAGCCGGGAUUCCGGAUGCUGGUGGGAGACUCGAUGCGCCGCGAGAAGAAAGGCUCGGGGCUGAGAUCGCAGAGCUGCUUCCGGUGCUUCACGGGCCCUGAUUUCCAGGGGGACGACUAUUCGCCUUGUGCGGACCCUAAGCUGGACACCGAGACUUUCCCCUCGGGGCCGUGCUUGGGUGGUAUUCGAUCGAAUAUUCACUUCCCGACGUGCUGGGACGGAGAACGUCUAGACAGUCCUAACCAUCAAGACCAUGUCGCAUAUCCGGUCGGAGGGCCUUCGUCGUUCGCCACUACCGGUGACUGCCCAUCUACCCAUCCGAUUAAAAUACCGCAACUGAUGCUGGAAAUCGUCUGGGACACCACCGCAUUCAACGACCCGGCAGAUUGGCCCGAGGAUGGGUCUCAGCCCUUCAUCCUCAGCACGGGAGACAAUACCGGAUACGGCCAACACGCGGACUACGUCUUCGGCUGGAAAGGCGAUGCGCUGCAGAAACUGAUGGACGGGGCUUGCUUCGGCGACACCUGCGACGGGGUUGCGAAGCAGGCCUUCACCGAGGCGAAUAAGUGCUCGGUGCCGAUUACUGUUGAUGAGACUACCGAAGGAUGGCUUGAGCAACUUCCUGGGGAUGGAAGUGGAGCUUGA